CCAAAGCCUCGAAAUAGUCAUGAAGUCUUUUUUUCUAACCCCUUUUGCUCUCUUCUUUAUUGUUCUAUCCUUCAUAUCUCCAUCAUGGGCAGUUUCUACUAAAACACAUGAAGCUUUUCUCCAAUGUCUUCUCAAUAACUCUCUAACCACUAAUUACUCCAUUUCUAAUCUCAUUUAUACUCCCAUCAACUCCUCCUUUUAUUCAGUCUUGAAUUUCUCCAUUCAAAAUCUUAGAUUUUCAAGGAAACAAACCCCAAAGCCACUCGCCAUCAUCACUCCUUCACAUGUUUCACACAUUCAAGCAACCAUCCUUUGCUCCAAAUCCCACGCCCUUCAAAUUCGAAUUCGUAGUGGUGGCCAUGACUUCGAGGGUCUUUCUUACGUCUCCGACGUCCCAUUUAUCAUUGUUGACCUAAUAAAUCUUAGAUCUAUUACAAUUGAUGUCGAAAACGAAAAUGCAUGGGUUCAAUCUGGGGCAACUCUAGGUGAAUUCUAUUAUAGAAUUGGUGAGAAAAGUCAAACACUUGCUUUUCCUGCUGGCUCUUGUCCGACGGUGGGCAUCGGCGGGCAUUUAAGCGGUGGUGGAUUUGGAUGGUUGAUGAGAAAAUAUGGUCUUGCUGCUGACAAUGUAAUUGAUGCUUCUUUUGUUGAUGCUAAUGGGAAGGUCUAUGAUAGAGAGUCAAUGGGGGAUGAUUUGUUUUGGGCGAUUCGUGGUGGCGGGGGAGGGAGCUUUGGAAUUAUUGUGGCAUGGAAGGUAAAGCUUGUUCGAGUUCCGGCGACGGUGACCAUCUGUGGAAGUCAAAGAAGUUUGGAGGAAGAAGAUACAAUCAAGCUGAUACAUAAAUGGCAAUACAUCACUAACAAAUUGGAUAAAAAUCUUUUACUUGGCAUUAGUCUCACUGGUGGGAAUUCAACUCAAGAAAGUGGCAAAAUAAACCCAACAGCUCUAUUUUCCUCUUUCUUUUUAGGAAAGGUAAAUGAGCUUAUGCCAAUUUUGAACACCAAUUUUCCAGAACUGAAUUUGUCAAAGGAAGAAUGUUCAGAAAUGAGUUGGAUCAAAACAGUUCUAACAAUGGCUGGCUUCCCCAACCAAGAACCCUUUGAAGUUCUACUCAAUAGAACACCUCCUUUUGGUCUAAGCACCAAAAUCAAAUCUGACUAUAUCAAGAAACCAAUGUCCGAGGCUGCAUUCAAAACUAUGUUGAAAAGAUUGAAAGCUCAAGACAUAGAAGUUGCACAAAUUAUGUUUAUUCCUUAUGGAGGAAGAAUGAGUGAGAUUUCCGAAUCCGAAAUUCCUUUCCCACAUCGUGCUGGAAAUAUAUACAAACUUGGUUACUAUGUCAAGUGGAAAGAUCAAAGCAUUGAUGCAGAGAAAAGGCAUCUAAAUUGGAUACGAGAUAUUUAUGACUACAUGACUCCUUUUGUCUCAAAAUCGCCAAGGGCAACGUAUUGUAAUUAUAGAGAUCUUGACAUUGGAAUGAACAAUAAAUAUGGAAAAGCAACCUAUAGUCAUGCUAGGGUUUGGGGGUUCAAGUAUUUUGGGAAGAAUUUUGAUAGGCUAGUGCAUCUUAAAACUAAGAUUGAUCCCAAUGAUUUCUUUAGAAAUGAGCAAAGUAUACCUGCCCUAAAAAACAUAAAAUAUAGUGCAAUUUGAUAGGUUAAACUAUGUUACUAUGUCAGCCAAUAAUAGUUGACAUGGUUACUUCUUAUAUUUUUUAGGUUGGAAUUUCAAGUUCUUAUAUUUGCACUUGUAUUGUACUAAAACAGUGUGUUUAAGGUUUUCAAUUUCGUAUUUCAUGUUGCUACUAAAAGUUUUGAUAUAGAUAACCAUGAUAUGACAUGGUCAUGGUCAUGGUCAUGGUCAUGGUCAUGGUCAUGGUCAUGGUCGCUAAUUAAUUUAGACGAUGAUUUUUUCUUCUUGUUAAUGGUGAGUCCAAGUAUAGUGUACUAUAGACUUCAUUAAUGUUAGUUGUGGUCUAUAUUCUUAGUCGUGGUCUAUUUAAUAAAUAAGUUAUAUGUGAAUUGAUUUAUGAGAGUUAGAAAAAGUUAAAGAGCGUGAGUUAAAAUGUUAGAGUUUCAUAUUAAUUAAGCGUAGGUUUUGGGUUGUGUUUAAUUUGUGGCAUGAGUUAUGCUCACGACAAUCCUAUAAAUAAGAUUGAAAUGGUGUAAUCUAAAUCAUCCAAGUGAGAAAUAGAAUACACACAAAAAAUUAA